AUGGGAAGGAUCUUGGGGUUGUUUUCGACGACAUUAACAUUGCUUUUCUCAUUGUUUGUGAUGUUCCCGCUUCCAUUCCAGUGUAGUAAGUCGUGUGGGUCGGGCCACCGGCGUCGAGCACUGCUGUGUAUGGACCAGACAGGGGAGGAGGUCCAUGAGAUGUUCUGUGUGGAUCAGAGAAGGCCAGAUGAUUCUGAGCGCUGUAAUACCCACGUCUGUGAGUUCAUAUGGAUCACAGGGGACUGGACAGAGGUGAGAGCCAUUGAAUGGGCCUGUUUCAAAAUGCAAUCAUGUCACUUUAAUAAUGUUAUCUAACAUUACUGUCCUAUCUGAUCGUGCUUGAUUGCAGUGUUGUUAUCUUAUCGCAUUUUCUCUCUCCCGUGGCAGUGUUCGGCCAGCUGUGGACAGGGAUACAACAGACGCCUGGUCUCCUGCAGUGAGGUGCAUGCUGGGAAUGAUAACUAUGAGUAUGGGCAUCAGUCUUUAUCCAACUGCCCUGGGACCCCCCCUGAGAGCUACAUGCCGUGUAGCCAAGGCCCCUGUCCUCCAACACAGGAGUGGCGAGUUGGAGUCUGGGGACCUGUGAGUGGCUUCCAGUCUCUAUGUAUUAUCAGUGUUACAGUAUGUUUUUCAAAUUGUAGUGCUUUUUUCAUCCUGGCAGGCUCCCUUACUCCUGCUCUUCUCUCCCCCUCAGUGUUCAGUAAGCUGUGGAGAUGGAGUGAUGGAGAGGACAGUGCAGUGUGUUUCUACUGAGGGACAAGGCAGUGACAGUUGUCCCUCAGACACUAAACCAGAAGCCAGCAAAGUCUGCAGCAGCCCUGCCUGUGAGUAGACAUACAGAACAGUAGCCUCAGCGUCCACAGCCUCUUCUUGACCUAACUCCUGUGAUACAGUAUAUGUGUGAUACACCUCUGUAACUCCUGUGAUACAGUAUAUGUGUGAUACACCUCUGUAACUCUUGUGAUACAGUAUGUGUGUGGUACACCUCUGUAACAUAGCUAUAUCUCUCCUAAAUAUGUCCUUUGUUCUCUCUCUUAGGCCAUCUGCCCACUAGCUGCAGUGAUGUCCAGAGUCUGUCUGGCGUCCAGCCUGAUGGUGAACAGUUUCUCAACAUACAAGGAAAAGCACUCAAAGUAAGACUAUGGUAUCAUCUUUCUUAUUAAGUGCAUGGUGCACCAUUUUAUAACAUUUUAUAUAGUGAUUACUGACUUAUUUUGAAAAUGGAAAUGGUAAAUGAAUAGAGAGGGUAUCUAUGCCAAUGUCAGUCAACAAAAACCCUGUUGGCCAGUGAUCAUACUUGGUUUCACAGUCUGGUGUAGUCUCACUGACAGAUGUAAUACAUUAGAAAAUGACUGAAACUGAAGGGAAGUUCUUUAGACUCUGUCUGUCUGUCUGUCUGGUUGGCUGGCUGUCUGGCUAUCUGGCUGUCCAUUUGAGAACCAGGCCAACCCAGGUCAAGUUUAGAAAUAGCGUGUGUCGUCCUGAAGAGGUUUUGAUUUUAAUCUCUGGGCUGGUUCCUCACCCCUUCCUCCCUCUCCCCAUCCUCUCCAAAAUCCUCCCCCUCAUCCUCCUUCUCCACCUCCUCUUCCUCCUCAGGUCUACUGUGCAGGAAUGCAGACUGACAGGCCGCGGGAGUACAUCACCUUGACGACCGGAGAGGGAGAGAACUACUCUGAAGUCUUUGGCUUCAGGUAAAGCAACCUAUGGGGCUGUGGAUUGCUUCAUUUAUCAUCAUGUAAUGGGCACUGUCAAAAGUGUGGAGGACACAUUUUAUAUGAACUUGGUUGUGACAGUGUGUUUGCUCUUUUUCUCUCCAGACUGAUAGACCCCACACAGUGCCCUGCUAACGGGACCAGGAGAGAGGACUGUGAGUGUAGGAGAGACUACACUGCUGCUGGCCUCUCCACCUUCACCAGAGUACGACUGGACCUCAGCAAGAUGCACAUCAUCAGUGAGUGGGCCAGAACCAGUUGCAGAACACAUUCAGCAAGGCCACAUAGACUACCCUACCAAUUACAGUCAAUUAUUGCAACACACACACACACACUACAUCAGAGUUCAUUGCACUAACCUGAAUGUCAACGCUAACCAGCUAGUGUCAGAGUACCAUGCUUGACUCCCCCAACAUGCUGUGAAGUCAGAGCCUCCUCCCCACUCCUCUCCAUCCUCACAGAGACAUUUCAGUAAGUCCAAGCAUAGUGGGGUUAAUGGGAUCAAGAUGUCUUUUAGGAGCACACAAAUAAAGGGCCUGAGGGGAUUAGUUUAAAUUGCACUAAGUAGAUGGAAUUAUACUGAUAUUGCCAUUAUGCUGACCCCUAAAAGCAAGACUGGAUUCAGGUUAUGUGAAAGUGUACUCAUUUUGGAAGAUGCAGGCUGUUAUUUUGCUGUUAUGUGAGCUGUCGUAGUGAUGCUGACCAGUCAAACAGACCGAGCUAUGUUCCAGAUUCAGUUUUCAACAAGCCUCUGUCAUGUUUACUAAUGUGCUCUGCCAUUAUUUCUCACUCUUGUCAUUCAGCCAUAGACUGGCAGUUUGCUUUCACACGCGAGGGCCACAGAGUUCCCUUUGCCACUGCUGGAGACUGCUACAGCGCUUCCCGGUGUCCACAGGUAAGAACUGCAUGGCCAGGGAGCCACUGGGAGAGAACUAGUGGAGAAUAAAAGGUUUGACUCAAGUCUUCACUAAGGUGUGAGUUCUGAGGUUAGGACUAAGGACUUGUAUGGACUUAACUAGUCUUGGUUCAUCUUGUUUACCAGCUGUGUCUUUGAUAGUGUGUCUGACCAUCUAAUUGUGCUGUUGAGUUCAAUGUGUGCUUAGUUCCAGCAGAACCUAAUGCUCAAGAGGUUAGUGAGAUUCUGAGUGUGGUGAUAUUGUGAACAAAGAGAGCAGGGGUGUGUUCUGUGAGUGGGGACCGAGCAGAGCAGACACACAUGGCCUGAGAACAGAGAAGCCCGUCUGUCUGAGAGGAGAUUUGGACACACUCCCUGCCUGUGCCAGUUUCUGCAGAUCAGAUCCUGUUAGUCUGUGAGAGGAGACGACUGACACACACACACACACACACAAACACACACACACAAAGACAAAGACAAAGACAAAGACAAAGACAAACACAAACACAAACACAAACCAAACUCAAACACAAACUCAAACAAGCAAACACACCAAGCCCUGGCAAACACACACAAUACCCCCUGUCUACAGCUGGCAAACACACACACCAUGUGCUGUCCCUCUACACUCUCUCCCCUCACCACAGAUGCUGUAUGUGAGACUGUAUUAGCCCCAUGUCUUUCUGGUGUUGUGCAAUGUCUGCCUCAUCUGGGGUCUGCCCUCAUACCAGAGACAGGGGAGUGUGUGAGGCACAGGAGCAAAUGGAAUGGCAUCAAACACAUGGAAACCAUGUGUUUGAUGUAUUUGAUACCAUUCCACUUAUUCUGCUCCAGCCAUUACCACGAGCCUGUCACCCCCAAUUAAGGUGCCACCAACAUCCUGUGGUGUGAGGGAGUGCACCGGUACAAGACUGUGGAGGGUGUCUGUGGAUGUGUGUGCUUACCAUGCGUUUAUGUGUAUAUGUGUACACGUGUGUAUGCAAGCACAAGCUCCAGACAGUGUAUGAAGAAGGGGUUCUACUGUGUGUGUAUGUCACCUUUCCCACAGUCCCAUCCAGCUCCCAAUGUGCAGCAAAUACAGUGCCUUCAGAAAGUAUUCACACCCCUUGACUUUUUCCACAUUUUGUUGUGUUGCAGCCUGAAUUUAAAAUGGAUUCAAUUGAGAUUUUGUGUCACUGGCAUACACGCAAUACCCCAUAAUGUCAAAGUUGAAUUAUGUUUUGAGACAUUUUUGUUAAUUAAUAAAAAAUGAUAAGCUGAAAUGUCUUGAGUCAAUAAGUAUUCAACCCCUUUGUUAUGGCAAGCCUAAAUAAGUUCAGGUUUAAAAAAUGUCUUAACAAGUCACAAGUUCCAUGCACUCGCUCUGUGUGCAAUAAUAGUGUUUAACAUGAUUUUUGAAUGACUACCUAAUCUCGGUACCCCCACACAUACAAUUAUCUGUAAGGUCCCUCAGUCGAGCAGUGGAUUUCAAACACAGAUUUAACCACAAAGACCAGGGAGGUUUUCCAAUGAUUCGCAAAGGCACCUAUUGGUAGAUGGGUAAAAAAUAAAAACAUUGAAUAUCCCUUUGAGCAUGGUGAAGUUAUUCAUUACACUUUGAAUGGUGUAUCAAUACACCCUGUAACUACAAAGAUACAGGCCACCUUCCUAACUCAGUUGCCGGACAGGAAGGAAACAGCUCAGGGAUUUCACUGUGAGACCAAUGGUGACUUUAAAACAGUUACAGAGUUGAAUGACUGUGAUAGGAGAACACUGAGGAUGGAUCAACAUUGUAGUUACUCCACAAUACUAACCUACAGUGGGGAAAAGAAAUAUUUAGUCAGCCACCAAUUGUGCAAGUUCUCCCACUUAAAAAGAUGAGAGAGGCCUGUAAUUUUCAUCAUAGGUACACGUCAACUAUGACAGACAAAUUGAGAAACAAAAAUCCAGAAAAUCACAUUGUAGGAUUUUUAAUGAAUUUAUUUGCAAAUUAUGGUGGAAAAUAAGUAUUUGGUCACCUACAAACAAGCAAGAUUUCUGGCUCUCACAGACCUGUAACUUCUUCUUUAAGAGGCUCCUCUGUCCGCCACUCGUUACCUGUAUUAAUGGCACCUGUUUGAACUUGUUAUCAGUAUAAAAGACACCUGUCAACAACCUCAAACAGUCACACUCCAAACUCCACUAUGGCCAAGACCAAAGAGCUGUCAAAGGACACCAGAAACAAAAAUGUAGACCUGCACCAGGCUGGGAAGACUGAAUCUGCAAUAGGUAAGCAGCUUGGUUUGAAGAAAUCAACUGUGGGAGCAAUUAUUAGGAAAUGGAAGACAUACAAGACCACUGAUAAUCUCCCUCGAUCUGGGGCUCCACGCAAGAUCUCACCCCGUGGGGUCAAAAUGAUCACAAGAAUGGUGAGCAAAAAUCCCAGAACCACACGGGGGGACCUAGUGAACGACCUGCAGAGAGCUGGGACCAAAGUAACAAAGCCUACCAUCAGUAACAUACUACGCCGCCAGGGACUCAAAUCCUGCAGUGCCAGACGUGUCCCCCUGCUUAAGCCAGUACAUGUCCAGGCCCGUCUGAAGUUUGCUAGAGUGCAUUUGGAUGAUCCAGAAGAGGAUUGGGAGAAUGUCAUAUGGUCAGAUGAAACCAAAAUAUAACUUUUUGGUAAAAACUCAACUCGUCGUGUUUGGAGGACAAAGAAUGCUGAGUUGCAUCCAAAGAACACCAUACCUACUGUGAAGCAUGGGGGUGGAAACAUCAUGCUUUGGGGCUGUUUUUCUGCAAAGGGACCAGGACGACUGAUCCGUGUAAAGGAAAGAAUGAAUGGGGCCAUGUAUCGUGAGAUUUUGAGUGAAAACCCCCUUCCAUCAGCAAGGGCAUUGAAGAUGAAACGUGGCUGGGUCUUUCAGCAUGACAAUGAAUCCAAACACAACACCCGGGCAACGAAGGAGUGGCUUCGUAAGAAGCAUUUCAAGGUCCUGGAGUGGCCUAGCCAGUCUCCAGAUCUCAACCCCAUAGAAAAUCUUUGGAGGGAGUUGAAAGUCCGUGUUGCCCAGCGACAGCCCCAAAACAUCACUGCUCUAGAGGAGAUCUGCAUGGAGGAAUGGGCCAAAAUGCCAGCAACAGUGUGUGAAAACCUUGUGAAGACUUACAGAAAACGUUUGACCUGUGUCAUUGCCAACAAAGGGUAUAUAACAAAGUGUUAUUUUUUUCCACCAUAAUUUGCAAAUAAAUUCAUAAAAAAUCCUACAAUGUGAUUUUCUGGAUUUUUUUUCUCAUUUUGUCUGUCAUAGUUGACGUGUACCUAUGAUGAAAAUUACAGGCCUCUCUCAUCUUUUUAAGUGGGAGAACUUGCACAAUUGGUUGCUGACUAAAUACUUUUUUUCCCCACUGUAAAUGACAGAGUGAAAAGAAGGAAGCCUGUACAGAAUUAUAAAUAUUCCAAAACAUGCCUCCUGUUUGCAAUAAGGCACUAAAGUAAAACGGCAAAAUAUGUGGCAAAGAAAUUAAGUUUAUGUCCUGAAUACAAAGUUUUAUGUUUGGUGUAAAUCCAACACAACACAUCACCAGAGUACCGGUCUUCAUAUUUUAGAGCAUGGUGGUGGCUGCAUCAUGUUAUGGGUAUGCUUGUCAUCGGCAAGGACUAGGGAGUUUUUUGGGAUAAAAAUAAAUGGCAUACAGCUAAGCACAGGCAAAAUCACUGGGAGACUAAUUCACCUUUCAGCAGGACAAUAACGUAAAGCACAAGGCCAAAUAUACACUGGAGUUGCUUACCAAGAUGACAUUGAAUGUUGCUGAGUGGUCUAGUUAAGGUUUUGACUUAAAUUGGCUUGAAAAUCUAUAGCAAGACUUGAAUAUGGUUGUCUAGCAAUGAUCAACAACCAACUUAAUAGCUUGAAUAAUUUUUUUAAGAAUAAUGUGCAAAUAUUGUAUAAUCCAAGAUUUACACAGAAAGACUCACAGCUGUAAUCCCUGCCAAAGGUGAUUCUAGCAUGUAUUGACUCAGGGGUGUGAAUACUUAUUUAAGUGAAAUAUUUCUCUAUUGCAUUUUCAAUAGAUUUGCAAAUUCAUUUUGUCAUUAUGGGCUAUUGUGUGUAGAUUAUUGAGAAAAAAUAUAUAUUUAAUCAAUUUUGAAUUCAGGCUGUAACACAACAAAAUAUGUAGUAAAUCAAGGGAUAUGAAUACAUUUACAUUUACAUUUACAUUUUAGUCAUUUAGCAGACGCUCUUAACCAGAGCGACUUACAGGAGCAAUUAGGGUUAAGUGCCUUGCUCAAGGGCACAUUAACGUCAUUUAGCAGACGCUCUUAGCCAGAGCGACUCACAAAUUGGUGCGUUCACCCUAUAGCCAGUGGGAUAACCACUUUACAAUUUGGGGGGGGGGGGGGGGGGGGGUUAGAAGGAAUACUUUAUCCUAUCCCAUGUAUUCCUUAAAGAGGUGGGGUUUCAAAUGUCUCCGGAAGGUGGUGAGUGACUCCGCUGUCCUGGCGUCGUGAGGGAGCUUGUUCCACCAUUGGGGUGCCAGAGCAGCGAACAGUUUUGACUGGGCUGAGCGGGAGCUAUGCUUCCGCAGAGGAAGGGGAGCCAGCAGGCCAGAGGUGGAUGAACGCAAUGUCCUCGUUUGGGGGUGUAGGGACUGAUCAGAGCCUGAAGGGUACAGAGGUGCCGUUCCCCUCACUGCUCCAUAGGCAAGCACCAUGGUCUUGUAGGCGGAUGCGAGCUUCAACUAGCCAGUGGAGUGUGCGGAGGAGGGGGGUGACGUGAGAGAACUUGGGAAGGUUGAACACCAGACGGGCUGCGGCAUUCUGGAUGAGUUGUAGGGGUUUAAUGGCACAGGCAUGGAGCCCAGCUAACAGCGAGUUGCAGUAGUCCAGACGGGAGAUGACAAGUGCCUGGACCAGGACCUGCGCCGCUUCCUGUGUAAGGCAGGGUCGCACUCCUCCGAAUGUUUGUAGAGCAUGAACCUGCAGGAGCGGGUCACCGCCUUGAUGUUGGCGGAGAACGACAGGGGUGUUGUCCAGGGUCACGCCUAGGCUCUUCGCACUCUGGGAGGAGGACACAGCGGAGUUGUCAACCGUGAUGGCGAGAUCAUGGAACGGGCUUUCCCCCCCAAGGGGCCCUUUUUGGGGGGGGAAAAAAAGGGCCAGGGGGGAAAAUUUUUUUUUUGGGGGGGGGGGGGGGUGGGAAAAGGGGGUUUUUUGGGGGGGGGCCCCCCCCAAUUUUUGGGGUUAACCCGGGGGGGCCCCCAAAAAAGGGGGAAAGGGGGUUUUGGGGGGGGGUUUUCCGGGGGGGGCCCCCCCCCCUUUUUUGGGGGGGGGGUUUAAGGGGGGCCCUUCCCGGGGGGGGGGCCCCUUUUUUUUGGGGGGGAAAGGGGGUUUUUUUCCCCCCCCUUAGGUUUCCCCGGGAGGGGGCCCCCCCCUUUUUUGGGAAGGGGGGGGAAAUUUUUUAAAAAAUUUUUUUAAAAAAAAGGGGGGCCCCUUUUUUGGGGAAAAAGGGGGGGCCCCCCCGGGGGGGGGAAAGGGGGGAAAAAAUUUUUUUUUCCCCCCCCAAAAAAAAUUUUGGGGGAAGAAACCCAAAUGAGGGGGGGGAAAAGGGGGGGGAAAAAAGGGGGGCCCAAAAAAGGGGGGGGGGGAAAAACCCCCCGGGGGGGGGGUUUUUUUUUUGGGGGGGAAAACCCCCCCCCGGGGGGGGGGUUUUUUGGGGAAAAAUUUUUGGGAAAGAAAAAAGGGAAAAGGGGGGGAAAAAUUUUUCCCGGGGGGCCCUUUUUAAAAAAAUUUUUUUAAAUUUUUUUUUUUGGGGGGGCCCCGGGGGAAAAGGGAAGGGGGGUUUAAAGAAAUUUUUUUGGGGGGGGAAAAAAAAGGGAAAGGGGCUGGGGGUUUUUUAAAAAAGGGGGGGGGAAGGGGGGGUUUUUUUUUGGGGGGGGCCCCCGGGCCCCAAAAAAGGGGGGGGGGGGAAAAAGGGGAAAGGCGGGGGGAGGGGGAGGGGGGGGGUUUUUUUUUUAAAAGGGGGGGGGAAAAUUUUUGGGGGGUUUUGGGCCCCCGGGGGAAAGGGGGGGGUUUUGGGGGGGGGGGGGGGGGGAAAAGGGGGGGGGGGGGGGUUGUGGGGGGGGGGGGGGGGGGGAAAAAGGGGGUUUUGUUUUUUUGGGGUUUGGGGUUUUUUUUUUGGGGGGGGGGGGGGGGGGGGGGGGGGGGGGGGGGGCCCCCGGGGGGGAAAGGGGGGGGGAAAAGGGGAAAAAAAAAAAAAAGGGGGGGAAAGAAAGGGAGGGGGAAAAAGGGGGGGUUUUUUUUUUUUGGGGGGGGUUUUUUUCCCACCCCCGGGUUUUUUUGGGGGGGGGGGGGGAAAAAAGGGGGGGGGGGAGGGGGGGGGGGGGGGAAAAAAAAGGGGAAAAAGGAAAGGGGGGAGGGGGUUGGGGGAGAAUGGGAAAUUUGGGGGGGGGAAAGGGGGGGGAAAGAGUUUAUAGGAAAAAAGGGAGAGUUUUUGGGGGGAGAGAAAGGCAAGGUUCGGGGGGAAACCUUGGGUGGGGGGAAGUGAGUAGUGUGGGAGGAAGGGGGGGAAAAAAGGAAACAAAUUUGGGCGGAGACUUGGAGGGGGGGGGAAAAAAGGAGCAGCAUCUAGUGAAGAUGAGGUCAAGCGUAUUGCCUGCCUUGUGAGUAGGGGGGGACGGUGAGAGGGUGAGGUCAAAAGAGGAGAGGAGUGGAAAGAAGGAGGCAGAGAGAAAUGAGUCAAACGUGGACAUAGGGAGGUUGAAAUCCCCCAAAACUGUGAGGGGUGAGCCAUCCUCAGGAAAGGAACUUAUCAAGGCGUCAAGCUCGUUGAUGAACUCUCCAAGGGAACCUGGAGGGCGAUAGAUGACAAGGAUAUUAAGCUUAAAUGGGCUAGUGACUGUGACAGCAUGGAAUUCAAAUGAGGAGAUAGACAGAUGGGUUAGGGGAAAAAAUUGAGAAUGUCCACUUGGGAGAGAUGAGGAUACCUGUACCACCACCCCUCUGACCAGAUGCUCUCGGGGUAUGCGAGAACACAUGGUCAGACGAGGAGAGAGCAGUAGGAGUAGCCGUGUUUUCAGUGGUGAUCCAUGUUUCCGUCAGCGCCAGGAAGUCGAGGGACUGGAGGUUGGCAUAGGCUGGGAUGAAGUCAGCUUUGUUGGCAGCAGAACGGCAGUUCCAGAGGCUGCCUGCGACCUGGAACUCCAGGUGAGGGGUGCGUGCAGGGACCACCAGGUUAGAGAGGCAGCAGCCGCGCGGUGUGGUGCGUUGUUUGUGUAGCCUGUGCAGAGAGGAGAGAACAGGGAUAGGCAGAGGCAUAGUUGACAGGCUGUAGCAAAUGGCUACAAAAAUGCAGAGGAGAUCGGAAUGAAAUGAGCUAAGCAUCUGGGAGAGGAGAGAGGGGGGCCUCCCUCACCAAAAACUUCUACCUCAGAAACUAAAAUUGUUUCACUGAACCACCCGAACAAAAACUCUCCCAACUUCCACCUUUAGAAAUCAGAAUUGUUGUGAACCACAGUUGUUCAAUGUUUAAAGGAAUAGACUCAACCCACUUUAUUCAGCUAGCCAACUAUGACACCAUAGCUGACUAGCAUGCUAGCAUCCAAUAACACACAGUUUAACACACAGUUAAGCACCAAUACUCACAACAAACCACCAAUAGUGUGUUAACUAGCUAACUAGCAUGCUAGCAUCCAGUAACACACAGUUUAGCACAAACACUUGGUCACAGCAAACCACCAAUAGUGUGAUAACACACUAAACAGAUCAUUCGUGUCUGUGUCAAGUUCCUUUCAUGACGCAGCAAUGAUUCAACGUUGGCUAGCUAGGACAAGUAUAUUGUAAUUAGCUACUACCGUACCGUUCGCUGGUCUUGUUGGGUAGCUAGCAAUGGCCACUGUGUUGGCUUUGUUUGAAGAACGGCUAGCUAGCUAGCUUCGUGCUACACCCGGCACACAAUGGCUACUGUGUUGACUCUGACUCUGUUCGAAAAAAACGGCUAAUUAGCUCGCUUCGUGCUACAGCCGGCACGGCGGAAGACACUGCCAAGACACAGUAGCUACCCACGAUACCUAGCUAUGACGCCGUAGCUAACUAGCAAGCUAGCAUCCAUUAACACACAAUUUAGCACCAAUACUUGGUUACAACAAACUGCCAAGAGUGUGUUAGCACACUAAACAGAUAAUUCAUGUCCGUGUCUAGUUCCUUACAUAACGCAGAACGCAGCAAAAAUUAAACGUUGGCUAGCAGCACAUUUAACAGUGGGAACAGCUAAUCGUUACCAGUAGCUACCCGCUAGCUAGCUAGCCUUGUGCUUCGAUACUAACCUACAAUUACCUACGGAAACCUACAAUAACAACAAAACUAGCCUAUGAUAAAUACAAUGCCUAACUACAACUAACUACCAACCUACGAUCUAAUACAUGGUUAAGCUUUACUCAACACCAUAUGGGAAGCUCUCCACCGUUGCUAAUCGUUGCUAAUCGUUACCAGUAGCUACCCGCUAGCUAGCUAGCCUCGUGCUUCAAUACUAGCCUACAAUAACCUACGGAAACCUACAAUAACAACAAUACUAACCUAUAAUAAAUACAAUACCUAACUACAACUAACUACCAACCUACGAUCUAAUACAUGGUUAAGCUAUACUCAACACCAAAUGAGAAGUUUGCUUACCUCCAGCUAGAGAGCUAGAGAAAAACACGACCUCUCCCGACUGCUCCUUCUCCGAAUACUUUCUGAAGGCACUGAAUAAUGUGUCUCCAGAGUGUCACAGACUGCAGCCCUACUUCCUUCAAAGACACCCUUUCACCCGCUUUCCCCACACUUUUCAGGAGAUGUGUUUCCAAUUACCCAAAAAGACCCCAAUAAAAGCUAUUUGCCAAAACAUGUUGUUUUUGAUAAGUUAGUAAAGAGACAUUCCACUGUACGCCAAGAGUUACUGAAUAUGGUUUUCAUUUCGAUCAACACAACACACCACUUAUCCACGCAUUUAGAUUAGCGAUACACUACACCAUGCUCUGUGAACUUGACAUAUAUUUAUGCUUCCAUACGUGAGUUUCAAGAGACACUCAACUCUAGAUGCUUACCUCUGGCUAAAUGAUCUACCCCCCUCUGUUUAUAGCUGUUUGUACCGUAAAGAGUCUGGUAUUUGUCGCUGGGUUUUGUCAGGCUUAUAUCAGCUGGGCUUUGAUGAAACGUAAAUGCAGCUGCUGCAUGUUAGUGAACUCCUCUCUACUGCUCUCUGCUGUUGGCGUGGUGGGAGGUGCUGAUAUCUCUCCCCCUCUCUCUCUCUCAUUUUCUCUUUCUCUUCUUCCCUCCCUCCUCCCUACUUCUCUGUUUCCUCAGGGUCGAUUCAGCAUCAACCUCUCAGGGACAGGCUUCCAGCUAGCUGAGGAAACCAAGUGGAUCUCCCAAGGAAACUAUGCAGUUGCUGAUAUACACAAAUCCCAGGUAACAAUAUGAUGCACAUUCACAUAGCCUCAUGGACAGAGUGAUUUAGAUUAGCGUCUUAUAUUCACAUUCCUGGUUUCAGACAACAUCAUUCUCCACUUUCCUCCUUUCUUCUCUCCCUUCCACCCUACCUCUCUCCAUCCUUCCCUCCCUCCCACCGUUCCUCUUGGCUUCAGAGGGGCCUCUGCUCUGGGCAUUUGUCCAAAUGGGCUCUGUAUCUCAGACUCCCCUGGUGCCUUAAUGCUGCUUUUCGACUGUAACACCAGUGUUACACUAGUGCAGGGAUCAUCAACUAGAUUCAGCCUCGGGACAAUUUACCAUAGCUAGUUCUGACAUUGAGGACUUGUGAAGAGCAGCAUCAACAACCUCUGCUAAUCAAAACAGUUGCUUGGUGAGAAGGUGUUAAGGUUCACAGUUAGCCACUGUUAAUUAAAUGAAAAAUGAAAAGUACCUGUGGCCUGUCUUUGGCCCCAAGUGAGAGCAGGUCUGCUGGAACAAUGGCCCAAUGAGACAAGGGGGCUGGCCUGCGUAGAUGGAAACAGAAAAGUCUGAGCCUUUUGGGUAAAACACUGGGGUAAAUCAUGGAUGGAAAUGUGCUGUUACGUGCCUGGUGAGAGAGCAGCCUUAUUGGACAGCUUCACAGUGAAGUGGGCCCUCCUGGUUUUGUAAUGGAGAUCAGGCUGAAGACCCUUUUUGGCAGGGAGAAAAAGGUUGAAUCUGUCUCAAAGCCAGUGAAGCUUUGGACUCAAGGUUAACUGAACACUGGUUGUUUUAAGUCAAGUGCGGUGGAGGGCACUCAAGAUGAGAGUUGCCAAACUUCAGAGGAAAUGCCGCUCCUUUCAUUCUGUGGGAUAGAUUUCUGGGGCAAUGUUUUACCCUGUGUGUUUCUAAGCUGAGAGUGUUCCACAUCUGUGCUUAUGCUAAUGCUAUUUGAUUACUGUGCAUUUCUAUGUAAUUCAUUAAGAGGCCCCAUUUUACAUUUGUGUGUAAUACCUUUACAAUGUAGUCACAGAGAACCUAAAAAAAAAAAGACCAGACCCUAAAACCACCUUCAACAAAAGUUCAAAGAGUGUUCAUGAUAUAUGAGUGGAUACAUUGUGAUUUGUGUUACUGUUACUAAACCAUGUGGUAUCCUGGUUAUAGUUUUAUCGCUUUGGUACUAUUUUCACAAGUAUGUGUUGAAUUUUCUAAACUCUUAGUACAAAACUCCAAACUGGUAACACUUGUAACGCAGCCAGUCUUACAUUCAAAACCUUUCAUUGUGCAUUCAUUUUGUUUGUAGACAUCUUUCACCACACAACAAUUGAUCCCAAAUACAAGUUCACUGUGAAAUAUAAUGAGUACAUUGGUUUAAUCACCAGAACACAACAUAAUGAUAUCUUCUCAAUUUAGUUAUUUUAACAGCCAGUUAAAAUCCAAUAACAAAAAAUGUAAGAUACAUGGUUCAAAAUUGACCUUUGAAUGUAGUAUGCUACAGUGCUGUAAAUUACAGUACAUUUCACUGUUUUCACAUUAGGAAAUACACUUGCACUACCAAUAAAAAUUGACUGAACAUCACAUUUCCAUAAUGUCUAUGCCAUGUGUGAUCAAAGGUGUGAUAAUUGAAGACUUCUUACACAAUAUAAUCUAAUGAAAUAAAUUAAAGAAACAUAACGUUUAGCAGGCACUAGUUUGCAUCAAGCCUGUCUUGAGCAUUUGGCCAUAGGUUCUCAUCGAAAUCGCAGUAAAUAUAUUCAUUGUAAGUGCCUACCUGGGUCUUAGUGUGAAGGCUGUUUAGGCUGGUCUAAUUACCUGGUCUAAAAGCAGCACACACAGUCACUUGUGUAUUGUAGUGGUCCUGUACGUGGCUCAGUUCAUAAGAGCAUGGCUCUAGCAACACCAGAGUUGUGGGUUCGAUUCCCACUGGGGUCACAUACCCUAAUGUGUGGACUGUUGUGACUUUGGAUAAAAGCGUCUUCUACGUAAAUGGCAUAUAUUACGGUAUUUCAGUACUGUAUUGGCCAUUGCAAUUUUAGUAAAGCAGUGUGAAGUGUGUAGUUCUCAAAAUCUGUAGUAGACAAACCAGUUUACAUGUAAAAUCUAUAGGUUUACCAAAUGUUUAGGUGAUCAUCAAUUAAGAGACGUUGGAUUAAGUAAUAGUAAAAUGUAUUUUAAUAAAAGAGAAGAGAAUCAUAUCAAAAGUAAUGUGAGCAUUGCAUUGUGAAAGGCAAUUACAUUAUAUGAAUAUGUAUUGCAAUGUGAAACGUAUUUCUAGAUGAAACACUGAUUACAUUUGGAGAAAAAGUGACUCUAUGAAUUUGUGUUAUACUUAGCCAAUAUAAAAUGUGCUUAAAGUUUUGAAACAACUGCCUUUUUGAUUAUCUGUUUUGAGUUUUGUACUAAGAGUUGUGAAAAUGUACCACAUACUUGUGAAAAUUGCACCAAAGCGAAAAAACUGACAAAAAAAAACAACGGUAUUACAGCAGAGUAAAUAUUGUUCCUUGUUUGUCCACAGGAUGGCAGCAGAGUAACAGGAAUGUGUGGGGGUUACUGUGGGAAAUGCACUCCGUCCUCCGGCUCCUACCUGCUCAUCACAGUGGCCUAA